AUGUCUAAUGAACAUGUUUAUCUAGGUAUUGACCUUGGCACAACUUUUUCAUCUGCUGCCAUUUAUAACCCAGACACAAAAACAACAGAAGUUAUUGAAAUUGACGGUAAAAAAGAACUUCCAUCAAUGGUUGCUUUUAAUGUUUCACCACACGUUGUCGGUGAGCCUGCAAAAGGUCAGUUACUUAUAGAACCAACAGCUGUUGCUUACGAUUCUAAGCGUAUGAUUGGUCAAUCAUACGAUGAUGUUAUGAAACAAAAAUUCGAGUGGCCAUUCCGAGUUGAAAGCUCCUCCGAGAACGAUCCAGAGAUUGUCGUGGCAUGUAAUGGUAAAGAAGAAAGUGUCAGUCCAGUCCAAGUUUCGGCAGAAAUUCUUAAGUACAUUAAGUCGAAAGUGGAAGUCAAAGUGGGCCACCCGAUUGACAGUGCCGUUAUCACAGUUCCAGAAGGCUUUUCAACCAAUCAGAGGAAGACUACAAAAGAAGCAGCCGAACUUGCUGGUUUCAAUAUCAAUAAACUUGCUUUACUUGCCGAGCCCACUGCUGCUGCCAUCAAAUAUGCCUAUUCUGCCGAUCCGAACCAGCGCCAUCACAUCCUGAUCUACGACUUUGGUGGUGGUACAUUUGAUAUUUCACUUGCCACUAUUGACAACAAGACGGUUGAAGUUAAAUCGACAGGUGGUGACUCUCGACUUGGUGGCCAAGACAUUGAUGCCGCUCUUGUCAACUAUUUAGCUCCAUUAAUCCAAAAAAAUUGUGGCAUCGAUAUCAAGAAAAAGGGCAACGAAAAGAUGUUCAACAUUGUCAAGAGAGAAUCAGAGCAAGCUAAAUUACAAUUCUCUGAUAACAUCGUAGCCUAUGAAUUUAAUAUUAAUUGCGGAGAUAAAUCAUUUAUCCAUAAACUCAUGAAAAACAAGUUCAUUAACUUGAUUGACCCAAUCGUUGAAAAAACCAUCACACUUACUAAGGAACAAUUAGAUAAAACGUCCGAUCAAAAGAAGAUUAUUCUUGUUGGUGGUUCUUCAAUGAUUCCUCUUGUCCGUACAAAGAUUGAAGAACUCGGAAUCUCCGUCAUCCAAAACAUCCCACCACUUACAGCUGUUGCAGAAGGUGCCGCCUACUUUAACUACAUCAAGCACUCAUCAGGACGUAAAGCAAGAAAGACACCACGUCAAACACUAAAACCACUUGUUAAUUAUCCAGAAAUCCCUGAUACUACUCCACCGUUGUAUCCACCGGACAAGCCAGAUUCUGAAACCAGGAAUGUUUCAAUGCCGGUACUCGAUCUCGGAAAACCAGAUGAUGAUGACGACAAUUUGACUGUUGUUGAUGUCCUCAGCAAAUCAAUUGGUAUUGUUCUUAGUGAUGGAACAGUUGCCAAGCUUCUCACUAAGAAUACUCCGCUUCCAUGCUCCAAAUCAAGCAAUUUCAUGAAUGCUGCUGAAGCUGAUGCAAUCGGUAUCGAUAUUGUCGAAGGUGAAGCAAAGAUGGCUGAUGAUUGCAUAAAAAUCGGUAGAAUCGAAUUCGAAAUUCCUCCAGGAUCAGCACCAAACUCUAUCAAAUUCACGUUCAAAAUGGCAAUCGACGAAGAAAGCCUCAUCAACUGCAAAUACACUCGUACAGAUGCUGGAGGUGGUUCUGAGGAAUUCAAGAUCAAAAGAACUGGAGGAAUCAGCGAUAGAACUAAACGCAAGGCCCAAGAAAACAUGCAACGCAACGAACAAAGUGGACAGGUAGCUAAUCAACUCUCUAAUCUUAUUAAUGAAGCAUAUGAUUUAAUUGCUAAAGUCCGUAAAGCAGCUCCAAGAGGAUCUCCAGAACGCCGUGCUGCAGAUAGGUUUGAAGGAAAUGUCGAAGACAUUGAACAAGAUGAAUGCGAUGUUACAGCUAAACUCAAUGAUUUACAAGAAUUGCUUAACGAUUUCAAGAAUAAGUGCAAACAAUAUAUAUAA